AUGGUUUCUCAUGAGUUGGAACGCGACCGCGAAGAUGCCCCGUUUCUCGAAACCCCUGGCGUCCCUCAGGUCGAGACCAAGGCCGCUCACCCGGAGCGUCAUGCUUCGGCCAGUGCCAUUACCUUUCGGCUGAAGGUGAUCCUGUUCAUCAUGGUGCUAGCCGUGGAAGUCGGCUUCUCCUUCCUCGACGGACCCAUGGUGCGCAUCCUGGAGUCCAUUGCCUGUCGCCAAUACUAUACCGACGCGGAUCCGACGAAGAUCGGGGCUAAUGGCCAAGUACCGGAGGAUUUGUGCAAGGUGGGCGAGGUCCAGGCGGAAUUGGCCGCGGUGAAGGGAUAUCAUAUGUUCUUCGACGGGUUAUUGAGCGCGCUCAUGGCCAUUCCCUACGGUCUGCUGGCAGAUCGGAACGGUCGCAAAUCGACCCUUGCAUGGGGAAUCCCCGGCUUUGCCCUCAACUCUCUUAUCACCAUCGUCGUCAUGUGGUUCUCAGACAUAUUCCCGCUGCGGGCGGUCUGGCUGUCGUCCCUGGCGUGGCUGAUUGGAGGCGGCCCCGUUGUGGCAUUUGCGAUCAUUUGGACCAUGAUGGCCGAUGUCACCACCGAAUUGGAGCGAGCGGAACUUUUCUUCCAGUUCGGCAUCGUCUCCAUGGCAUCCGAAUUCAUUUCCGGGGCCUUCAGUUCGUAUCUGAUGACCAUGAACCCAUGGGUACCAUUUCUCAUUGGCUUUGGCAUUGUACAUGCCGGUCUGCUGUUCAUUCUGCUUCUGCCCGAGACCAUGCAUGUUAUUCCAUCCCGCGAGCCUGAACCUUCGAACGUCGAGCUUUCCGACCUGUCCCAGGACACCGAACCAAAGCCCCAUUUCGAAAAUGAGGGGCAGUACCACGAUGAAAGUGACCUCGAUACUGCGGUGGAUCACCAUGAUCACUUGUCCUGGAGCUAUCCGUCCGAGCAACACUCGUCUAUUUGGGCGAAAUGUCGAGCUAACUACCGGUUCUAUAUGAAACCGUACCUCUUCAUCCUGAACCGCAAGCCCGUCAUGCUCCUCUUGACAUCAUUCUUGGUAUACCGCCUUAGUCGCGGCUCCUCAUGGUUCCUGUCACAAUAUAUCUCGACACGCUACCACUGGACAUUGGCACAGGCCAACAUGCUCGUCUCCUCCCGGCCCACCGUCUCGGUCCCGGUGUUCCUAUGGGGUCUGCCCUGGCUAAAACGCCAUGUGCUGGAUUCUCGACGAACCGCCACGGAGAAAGACCUCUGGCUAGCUCGCGCAAGUAUAGCAUGCCUCACUAUCGGAACCCUGGGAAUCGGACUCUCGCCUUCCGUAUCCACUUUGAUCCCCGCCAUGAUUGUGCAAACAUCAGGCUCGGGCUUUAUGUUCCUGGCGCGAUCUAUCAUCACGACACUGGUCGAGCGCGACGAGACAGCCCGUCUAUACACAGUAGUUGAAAUCCUCCAGUCUGUGGGCAACAUCGUCGCUAGCCUGUCGAUCACGGGUGUUUUCCAGCUCGGUCUCCGACUGGGAGGGUUCUGGAUCGGACUGGCGUGGAUCAUGACCAGUACGCUGUUUUGCAUGGUUGGUGCCGCGAUUUGGUGGUUUCGCCUGCCACCCACACCCCACGCACCGGAGUUUGUGGUGGGCGAGUUUGAGGAGGACCAAUGA